AUGAGGGUGAGUGUGAUGGUGAUGGUGAUGGUGGUGGUGGAGGUGGGGGCGGUGGCGGUCACCGUUGUGCACGAGCUCGUGGCGCAGCAUGACGGCGCGCUGGGCGAAGCGGCGCCCGCAGAGGCGGCAGGCGUGCGGCCUCUCGCCCGAGUGCACGCGCCGGUGCCUGGCGAGCACGCUGCGCGUGGCGAACCGCUUGCCGCAGUCGCCGCAGCGCAGCGCCUCCGCGCCAAGAGGGCCCUCCGCGGCGGCCCUACGCCCCGGUUAUUCUCCCGGUUAUUUGCUCAGCUAAUACCUUUAGCACCCGAGACUACACCGUUCCACAGUGGUAGCACAGAAAGAAACAAAGAAGUGGUACAAUACAGAUGUAACUCAGAGUGUGAUGUGAGUUUUUAC